AUAAGCUACCACCAAGUAUAUUAGAGCGAACAUAUAAUCAAUUACUUAGUCAAAAACGCAAUCCAAUUUCAUUAGAUCAAAUUAUAGAAAAGCAUGAUCAAAUUGAAAACCAUUUACGUAAUGCAUUGGAAAUUUAUGAAAAAUACAAAGCUCGCAACAGAAAAAAACCAUCAUCUACUUCAUUAUCGAUAAUCUUACCUACUAAUAAAGCCAAUACACUUUUGCACAGCUCUGAUAUAAUCGAGCAAAAUUCAGAUCCAGUAGAAUCUAUCUUACAAGACGUGCAGACAUUAUUAAAUAUAAAGUACCCUACUUCACAAAAUAAAUCUCCUAUUUAUACUGAAGAAAAAUUUAAUACGUGA